AUGAAGAUUUCAGCAGGAUUUAUCGUCCUAGUGAUAUUCUGCGAUGUUCUCCAUGCACAAAGUCAUAGCAUUCAAUGGGGUAAAAUUGCUCUAAGUGACCAUUUGCUUUAUCGCAGAAUUGUGUUCAGAGAAUACGAAGUUUUACGCAUUGUUUCCGAGGAUGUAUCAUGGCCAGAUGCAUCAAAUCCUUCCCCAGGAAAUUCCACAAUCUCAUGCAUUAAGGCAGAGGAUCUGUAUGUAAAUGGAGACGGCGGAUAUGCUUCAAUCUCUUCUGGCGGCGUGGGAUUCAAUCACACAACUGUCCACUUCGAGUCACAGAGAAAUCACGGCUACGCAUUCAAAUUGCUAAUUUAUGGACCAUUUUAA